ACAAUUACUCCCAAGCUAACUAAAAGUCUGUACAACGUUUCUCUUAAGAGAAAAGAUGGAAAGCCAUUUUCAUUUGCAUGACGAGCACGUGGUUCCGAUUCGUGAGGAAGUUCCAUCAUCGAGCUCAAUGGUGACGAAGAAGACAUGUGGAGAAGCCCCUUGUGGAUUCUCAGAUGCCAAGACGAGUGCAAUGGAAGCUGAGGAACGUGCCAAAUCGGCGAGGAAGCUAUUAAUAGCUCUUCUUCUGUGUGCCAUUUUCAUAGUAGUAGAAGUGGUCGGAGGGAUCAAGGCCAAUAGUCUAGCGAUUCUCACAGACGCAGCUCAUCUUUUAUCCGAUGUCGGAGCCUUUGCCAUAUCUUUGUUCUCGCUGUGGGCCUCUGGAUGGAAAGCAACCCCGAAGCAAUCAUACGGGUUUUUCAGGAUAGAGAUCCUUGGUGCGCUUGUCUCCAUUCAAAUGAUUUGGAUUCUUGCUGGUAUCUUGGUUUAUGAAGCCAUAGUCAGACUCAAGAACGGUAGUGGCCAAGUUGAGGGAUCUCUUAUGUUUCUUGUCUCUGGUAUUGGUUUACUUGUCAACAUUGCAAUGGCUGUUCUGUUGGGACAUGAUCAUGGUCAUAGUCAUGGUCAUGGGCAUGGCCAUGAUCAUGAGCACCAUCACAAUGAUGAGACAGAACCAAAUCUAUCUGAGGCCUUGAUUAACAAGCCCAAGAAGCAGCGGAACGUGAACAUUCAAGGGGCCUAUCUUCACGCGCUGGGAGAUUCGAUACUGAGCGUGGGAGUGAUGAUAGGAGGGGCAAUCAUAUGGUAUAAACCGGAGUGGAAGAUCAUUGACUUGAUAUGCACGUUGGUCUUCUCCGUGAUUGUCUUGUGGACGACGGUUGGAUUGCUCAGAGAUGUUCUAGAUGUUUUAAUGGAGUCGACACCGCGGGAGAUCAACGAGACUAGACUUGAGAAAGGAGUGUGUGAGAUUGAAGAGGUUGUGGCUAUCCAUGAGCUUCACAUUUGGGCUAUUACUCCUGCUAAACGCUUGUUGGCUUGUCAUGUUAAGAUCAGACCAGAGGCUGAUGCAGAUAUGGUUCUGGACAAGAUUGUCAGUUACAUCAAAACCGAGCACAACAUAACUCACGUAACUAUUCAGAUUGAACGCCGAUGAAGAAAUCACAUGACAAUGCACCUUCAACUUUGUUUGACCAUAUUGUUAAAUAUAUGUUUGUAAUCUUCCUUUUU